AGAACCAAACAACCCCCUAAAAACCACUCAUCCUUGUGCCAAUUAAUCAUCGCUUCCUUUCUUUCUGGGAGCUCAGAGGGGAGAUCGAAGUGAGCAUCGAAGUGAGCUCUAUACGGAGAAAAAAAAAAAAUCCAAUCUUUAAAGAGGAACUUCCAGAAACCAGUAUUCAACAAUAAAAUUUCUGGAAAGAUAGAAAUCUCAGAUCAGAAAAUUAGGGUUUUCGUACAAUAUGUCCACGGGCAGGCUCAAGGACAAUGAGUUACAGGUGGUGGUGCCGGAGGAGAAGUCGAAACUCGCUCUCCCUCCACGUCCACCGUCUGCGGCUGCGGGAUCAACGGCGCUUGUGGAGUACUCAGGGCCUGUGUUUAAGGAAGAGGAGGAGGACUUGGAAGUCAAGCUUCGACGAAUCAUCGAAAACGUGCCUGUUCGAGUCAGUAACACUUCUGGAAGUUCUGCUGGUUCUGGCUCCGGCGACUUCCAUCAGUAUCGGCAAAUGAGGCGGAAAGAGCAAGACCGGCUGGUAAGAAUGGAUGCUGACUACCAGAAAAGAAAAGAACUGGCCGAGUUCAAUAUGAGAAGGGAGGAAAGGUUAAAAGCUGCAGAAGAACGGACGGCAAAGAAGCGUUUGAAACGCCAAAAGAAAAAGAAUAGGAAGAAAGAGAAGAAGAUAAAAUCAAAUGCUAGCGGGGAAGAGCAUCAGAAGGAAGAAUCUUCAGAUGAUGCAGGGGACUCUGAUAAUGGUGAAGAAGCUGCAAACUGAACGAGGUUUACUCAGGAAUUGUUAAAGUCCAACCUUUCCUUCAAGUUUGGUUUUUGCCAGGCACAUCUGGGGAACUCGAUUAAACUUCAAUCUUUUGUAUCUCUAGUUUUUGGCAUUUAUGCUUAUAAGAUUUCUUGGUAUGUAACUUUUCAAGCAUGAU